AAUAUAGUUUCCAUUGUUAAGUUCAUCUUCAUGGUUAUGUGUCGAUCGUCACAUCACUCUGCACGUUGAAGUCAGUCCGUUGAUAUCAAAAGAUGUCUACCACAGCUCUCUCGGAUCUACCCCGUCACCGGCUUGAAAGCGACGAUGACUUCAAUAGGAGGAGGUCGUAUCCCGAUCAGGGUUGCCAGCGGGCAAAGGAUAUCGUCGUCGUUGUGGUGGUGGUGGUCGCCGUCGGGGCGUUGGUUUUAGCCCUGGUAAGCCUCGCCAAACCAGGACAUCUGGAGGUGGAAUAUGAACAGGAGUUCAACGGACAGAGUUUCCCGGGUGGUUUUCCUUGGUCCAACGAUAGAGUAUGGACAUUUGCCAUCGGUCAUUAUGGUAUCAAUCGAGAAUAUUUGGACGAAUCAUCAGGCACUAUAAAGGGCUACAAUGUCGACAUCAUCAAUGCUGUUUGUAAUAUUGCCAACAAGAAUUGCCAGUUGAUAUACGAUGACUAUGAACGAUGUUGGUCUUCUACUGCUGGCAACAGACCACGGGGUGGCGAGGGACUUCUAGGUCGUUGGUACGAUGCAUGUACAGGUUGGGGAAUCAACUACGACCGAUCUAGGACUUUCGCAUUCACCAAAUCGUACAGUAAAACGCCAGGAGUGGGGAUAUAUGUAGCGAAUGCAACAACAAACUUUGAUUGGACGAACCUGAGCGGGCGCACUAUCGGUUUCAUGAACGGAUUUUCGAGCGAUGAGCACUGCUUGGCACGUUACGCUGAUGAUCUCAUACAGGGUUCCAAGCUGUCUGCAUCAGCCAAUCAGAUAAUCUACUAUCAGACGCUUGAAGAGCUGGUAGCAGCCGUCAUCAAUAGAGAUGUAGACGCUGCAUUCUGCUAUGGUGAACCGUUAUUGAGCCAGCUGAAGCUUGUAACCCCGUCAAGCUUCCCGAACCGAUGUGCCCUUGGAGGGUUUGGCAUGAUGACCCGGAAGGACAACACCGCUUUCGUGACAUGGUGGAACGAUGCCUUCGACAAACUUGUCAACACCCAUCAGUACAGGAUGAUAUGUCAGGAUCUGAAGGAAGCACAUGGCCACAUCCCCGGUCAAAAUCCAGAUGAAAUAUGUCUGUAAUCGAGGAAGAAAUGGCGCGAAGAUCCAGGCCACUAUACAGACUGCAGACCGAGUUCACCCCAAACAUAGCAACAUUAUUUGGACCGUUUGAAACAAAAAUCAACAAUAAGCAUAAGAUUUAAUGUGGAACUUCUUUAACUCAAAUUUGUGAGAAAGAUCUAUUUUUAGAAUCAGGAAGUUUUCAACCCAUUUUAUACUUAUCACUUUUAUUGGUUGAUAUACUUCUCAAAAUAAAAUACCUUCAUCAUUCAAAAGACCUAAUCACCAUUAGAGAACAAGGUAGUAGCAAUUAUUGAGGAUUUCCUUUCUAAAUUAGAAAAGUUCUACCCCCCCCCAUCUUUUCCCUCUCCAUAAAAAAGGUUUGGUCGGAUGUGCACUCAUGUUAGUAAUAAUAAAUAAUAACUUCCCUGGCGUUCAUCAGGGAUCCGUUCUACUCCCACUUUUAUUAUGAACAAUUUGAAUAGCUCAUCCUCCAUUUCCAUCUUUAUCAGACUCGUUAUUAUACCGUAUAUUGGAGUAGGGGUGUCUAACCUUAAAAAAAUAAAAAGUAUAUUUCUAACUGUUUUUCUAAAUAUUUAUGGUGUUUUUACAAUAUCUAAAAUGCAUUUGCAGCGUUUACUAAAUCUAGUUUAUUUUAACAUUCGUAAAAAACAAUGGGCAUAUACGCGGGCUGUGUGUGCGGAAGUACACAUAAAUUAAAAUGUUCGAGAUGUUUAACGUGUCGUUUGUUGAGCACAUUUGUUAAGAUAUUAUUCAAUACUCAAGUUUCUUCACCUUCAAUGUGGCAAAUAAGCGAUCCUUGAAAAUCAAAUUAAAAUAUUUUUAAAAACA